CCAACUAUUUUUGAAAAAUUGAUCGAGUCGGUAAUCAAAUGCGAAUGUUAAAUAUGUAGCGACGUCGAUGUAGGAUCGAAGAUUUUGGAGUGAAUAUAUAUAAAGGACAUAAAAAAAAAUAAAAAGAGAAUUUUUCCAAAAUGCAUUAACGACAGUUUUCGAAAACAUCACUUCUUCUCCACGGGACAGGAAAGUAUUACGACUUUUCAAGGCUACGUAAAACGAUGGACGCGAUGAAGAGAUCUCGCAUCUUAGCGAAGCGAAUCGCACCGCAUCAAGGGAUGAUCAGUGGUGUUUAAGAGAACGAAUAGAAAAUCACGGUAUUCUCAGGACGGAGAGAGACGAUGUCAAACUUUUAGAAUGCGAAACGAAGAAAGAUGUGGAUAAAGAAGCGAAGCGGUGCUGAAGUCUGGCUACUGCUGCUCGUGUUGCUGAUUCAAGAUGGCAGAUGUAUAAAAUGGCUCGGCCUCGGUCGCACAGGCGACACGCAUACGUGGACCAGAGAGGCGUGCACCAGUGCGAAGAGCGCGGGUCUGUUGGAGAGGAAACAGGCGAGGGCAUGCAGGGCUGCGCCGGAUGUGAUGUCUGCCUUGGUACAAGCCGCUAAAGAUACGUCAACGGUAUGCCAGCAGGCCUUCAGACAUCGCAGAUGGAACUGUAGCAGCAUUGAACGCGCGCCUGACUACACACCUGAAUUGCUUACAGGAACAAGAGAACAAGCCUUCGUUUAUGCGAUAUCGGCCGCCGCUGCGGUUUGGAGGCUCGCGCGAGGAUGCGCUUUGGGGAGCUUGGCGGCCUGUUCUUGCGCGACUCCACCGAGAAGAGAGCCACCCUCGCCAUCCGCGCUUAUCUCGUCCUCAUCCUUCACCACCAUGUCCGUCUCUUUCGACACGCUGUCUGUAAGGAACUCCUUUAAGUGGGGCGGCUGCGGGGACGACGUGAGAUCCGCUUCGAGGAUGGCCAAGCGGUUUCUUCAGGGUGCAACGCCGCCUGGUACCGGAGGGACCGCGAAGUUUAUGCACGCGGUCAAUAUGCACAACAAUAGGGCGGGUCGGAGGGCGGUCGAGCAAUCCUUGACUUUGGAGUGCAAGUGCCACGGGGUGUCGGGUUCCUGCAGCGUGCGUACCUGCUGGCGCGGUCUAGGUGCAUCGGGACCAUCCGCCGCCGGAAGCCGUUUGCUACGCAGAUACGCCACUGCGGCAGAGGUCAGGCCGAGAUCUGGCGGCAGAUUGCCGCCUCUGUAUCACCACGAUAAUCUGCUCUAUACCACCAAGAGUCCCGAUUACUGCUUACCCGAUAAGAAGAGAGGCAGCCUCGGCACGAUAGGCAGACAAUGCAACGGCAGCAGUUCCGGCUAUGAGGGCUGCGAGUAUCUUUGCUGCGGCCGCGGCCACGUGACCAGGACUGAGCAGAUCUACGAAAGAUGCGACUGCAAGUACAUCAGCUGCUGCUACGUCAAGUGCAAAACAUGCAGCCGGAUCGUGAAGACGUAUGAGUGCAAUUAAGAAUAACGCGAAUUGUCCGGGAUAAUUGGCGACGGAGAUGUGUAAUCCGCUUGACGAAGAAGAAGAAAUAAAUUCGCGUGCGUGAGCGCGUUGCGAAUUAAGCGUAAAAUUAAUUAAUUAAUUUUGCGAGAUGCGUUCGCGUGAAAGUCCCGAUCCGGGAUGAUAAUUAUUUAGGUGAUAAAUUAUUUACCGUGAAUGUC